UCAUAUCAAAUAUCAUUUUCAAUAUAAAAUAUCAAGUCUUUUUUUAACAAAAUUUAGCUGCCCAAAUUCCUUACCAAUGGAAUCAUCUAAAAUUCAACAAUUUCUAGAAGGCAAAACUAUUUUUAUUACGGGUGCCACUGGUUUCCUUGCAAAAAUUCUGGUGGAGAAGAUACUUCGGGUUCAACCAAACGUGAAAAAAUUAUACCUUCUAGUAAGAGCUUCGGACACCAAAUCAGCCCAGAAACGUUUUCAUGAAGAGGUUAUGCAGACUGAAUUGUUUAAGGUUCUAACAGAAAAGAUAGGUGCAAAAAACCUAAACUCUCUUGUAGAAGAGAAGGUAUUUCCCGUUGCUGGUGAUAUUUCAUUUGAGGAUUUUGGAAUUCAAAAUUCGGAGAUAAAAGAUGAAAUGUUCAAAGAAAUCGACAUAAUCAUAAACUCAGCUGCAACUACUAGAUUUGAUGAGAGAUAUGAUAUUGCCAUGAAUAUCAAUGUCCUAGGUGCCGUCAACAUCCUCAAGUUUGCUAAAAGAUGUGAAAAAGUGAAGAUUAUUGUUCACGUAUCCACUGCUUAUGUUUGUGGAGAAGGGGAAGGAGUUAUACCAGAAAAAUCAUUCAUUUUGGGUGAGACACUCAACAAAAACUCCUACUUAGACAUUGAUGUGGAGAGGAAGGUGAUAGAAGACAAACUUAAGGAACUUGAAGCUCAAAAUUUGACAUCAAAGGAAGUGACGAUAGCCAUGAAAGACCUAGGCAUUCAAAGGGCAACUUUGCAUGGGUGGCCAAACACAUAUUCCUUCACAAAGGCAAUGGGAGAGAUGCUUUUAGGACAUUUGAAAGAGAAUUUGCAACUUGCUAUAAUACGUCCAACAAUCAUAACCAGCACUUACAAAGAGCCAUUUCCAGGAUGGAUUGAAGGAGUCAAAACAGUGGAUUCAUUUAUCGUGGCAUAUGGUAAAGGCAUAUUGAAUUUCUGCUUUGGUGACCCAAACACAAAAAUAGAUGCGAUUCCAGGUGAUAUGGUGGUGAACUCCAUACUAGCAGCAGUUAUAGCACAUGGAAAUCAAUAUUAUUCUUCUCAAGAAUCAAUAUAUCACAUUUGUUCUUCUGGAAAAAAUACCCUAAAAUCUUGUGAUAUUCGAUUGUUCCUAUUUCAUUACUUCACCAAAAAUCCAUGGAUCAACAAAGAUGGAAAAAUCAUCAAAGUGGGGAUGCCUCGGCUAUUUAGCAGCAUGGAUAGCUAUCAAAAAUACAUUUCAACCUAUUAUUGGCCAUUGUCAAAGGUACUAGAGUUGGUAAAUCUAUUAUCAUGCCGGCGUUUUGACAAAACCUACAAAAAUCUGAAAAGGAAGAUUGAUAUGGCUAUACGUCUAGCUGAACUCUACAAACCUUACUUGCUUUUCCACGGCAGUUUUGAUGAUGCUAAUACCGAGAGGUUAAGAAUGGCAAUGAAAGAAUGCAACAUGGAUGAUGUGCUCAGCUUUGAUCCAAGAUGCAUAAAAUGGGAAGAUUACUUUAUGAAUACUCACCUCCCUGGAGCUGUAAAGCGCAUAUUCUAGGAAUAAUAUACAAUAUUCAUGUGUUAAACUACUCGUCUUAUGGUAACCUUCUCUUGAAUUCUCAAAAAAAAACUUGUCACUCCUGCUGCAUAUGGCAAGAUAUGGGUGUUGUAUGUGCAAUAAAUAAUUUUUAAAAUAGGAGUGUUUUUCGAUUAUUUUCAUUCAUGUAAAAGUUUGGCUUGUACACAAUUAAAUAGAUCGAUGUGUCUCUGUGUGUGUGAUUACUGAACA